UUUUAUACGGAUUUGACUAGUGUUUAUCACUGUUAUCUAAAUGUUUAGAUAACGAUAAGGAUUUACUAAAUACCCCCUCCUAAGAGUUUUCUUAUUAGCUUAAAAUCGGCCGAGAACAUUCGAACGAGAUUCCAAAAAGUCACGGGUCACUUCGCGACGUGGAAAUUGUUAAGGAAUCAUGCCUUUCUCCAAGGAUUUAAAAAUCCAACGUGUCGAAGGUGAACUGGCGGUCGCGCUGUCCAAGUCGUAUCCGCUUCACACGCGUGGUUUCGUCAAGAUCGGCGAGAAGGAAUGGUUCCUGCCAUACAAGUACGCCGAGCAAGGCGAUAAAGCAUAUAACUUCGAGACUCGUCCCGAUGACACGUGGAUCAUUACCUAUCCUAGGUCAGGUACGACGCUGACACAGGAACUCGUAUGGUUGGUGGCGAACGAUCUAAAUUUCAAUGAGGCACAUCGAAGGACUUUAAUGGAGAGAUUCCCCUUUUUAGAUUUAGGUUUAAUAGUAGAAGAUGACGUAUUCGCAAGCGACACUCCAGACGAGCGAAAAAUAUCGAAAUAUAGCGUCGAGUUUGUGCAAAAUCAGCCCUCACCACGUUUCAUCAAGAGUCAUUUUGCUCUCGAUCUAUUGCCGACAGUCAUAAACAAUAAUUGCAAAAUCAUUUAUGUCGCGAGAAAUCCAAGAGAUGUGGUGGUCUCGUGGUAUUAUUUUCAGAAGGACAUUAAACAGAUUCAGUACCAGGGAAUCUUCGAGCAGUUGUGUAUUAAUUUCAUGAACGAUCACACGAUGUGGUCCCCAUAUUGGGAACAUGUAAAAACAGCUUGGGCGAUUAGACACAAACCAAAUAUUUUGUUUCUCUUCUAUGAAGAUUUGAUAAAAAAUUUAGUCGAGAACAUCAAGAAAGUCGCCACGUUUUUCGGCAAAACCUAUAACAAUGAAGAAAUCGCUAAGUUAGUGGAGCACUUAAAUAUUGAAAACUUUCGCAAGAAUUCUAUGGUGAACCAAGCGGCGCCUGGUCAACAAAUGAAACCCGAAUCAUUUAUCCGGCAAGGAAAGGCGAAUAAUUGGAAAGGAAUAUUCACGCCGGAGCUUGAGAAGAAAUUUAACGAAUGGGUCGUCGAUAAUUUGAAAGACACGGAUCUGGUUUUCCCCGAUUAAAUUUACAGCAAAAAAUAUUUAUCAGCACAAAUAAUUCCACAUAUUUUGUUAAACAAUAUGAAUAUAUAUAUAUAUAAUUUUUAUACGGAUGAACAAAAAUAUGUAAUUGAUAAAAGAUGUCAUUUCUCCAUUGAGGUCUGUUUUAAAUAAACAGAAUUGCUAAUUUUUAAGUUUUUCAAAGAGGGAAUGGAGAAACUUUUUCCUAGAUGGAAAAAGUAAAUUUAAAUUGGAGAUUUAUUAAUAAAAGUUUCUUCAUGAACUGUGUGUAUGCAAUUUUAUUAUGCAAAUAUCAAUUGAAUUAUAUCAUGGAUUGCACGACUGUCUUCACUGAUAUGUGGAAAGCGCGCAGUUAUAUCAAUUAAUUAGUUGUAAGUUAAUUGUGCUUAAUUGUAAGUUCGAAUUUUUUCAUUCUACAUAUCGCUUUUGCUACGUGAUAAAAGAUUUUUUUCAUUAAGAAUCAAUGUAGAAGAAAUACAUGUUGAUUUCAUAAUUUUGAUAGAUUUCACUUUGCGCUACAUAGAACAUACAGUUGAAUAUCAUUGCAUAUAAGUUUAUUGAUAAUGUGCAUGUAUAUGUCAUAACAGCUAGAAUGAUUAAAGAAGAACAAAUGAAAAUUAUUUAUGACUGAAUUCAAUAUUAUCCCUGUGGAAAAGUAUCCUUUCUUAUAUUUUAAAAUUUAUAUUUAUAUACAUCUCUUUCUCAAAUAGAGACAAGAAGACCUAUGCGUAUUGAUCGAUAUAUAUAAGUAAAAGAUCUACAGAUAUUUCGCGUGAGGAAUUCGUUUAUUCUUAUCUACAAAGCAUUAUCUCCAAUGCAUCACAUGUUACAACAAUAUAAUCGACUUAGAAAAUAUAUUUUCAAUUCUAAUAUUCAUUAACAAAGAGGCAAGACAAUAGCAGGCCAUGAUACUUCUUUAAAUCAGCUUCAAAAAUUGUUCGAGACAUGUAUGUUUUCUAUUUUCUUUCUUUUUAUCUACUAGACGAAGAGAUUGUACGGAACCUCCCAGCGAAGAGUAUCAUAAGAAUAUAUCAAAGAGGGACGCCAAAAUUAAUUGAAAAAAUCCUCUCAUGCCCGAAAAUGCGCCUUUUACCAACGAGCAGUACAGGAACUGUCUUCUUAACAUGCGCAAAAAACGCAACAAAUAAAUAUUAAAUAAAAGGAUAACACAAGUUAAUUCGAUGUAUCUAAUAUAUACAUACAUAAUUACACGUAACUCGUCACAAAAAUUUUAAAAAAUAGAUAUUAAAGCUGAAAAACAAAUGUAUGCUCCCUUCAAAUACAUCUGUGCAUAAAAGUAACAUUAAUUAAUUAUCUUUGAUUUUUAAUGCAGAAAAUUCCAAUUGUUUCUAUUCCAAAGCAAUGUAACUACAUUAAAUAUAAUUUCUGAGAUAAUCCAAUUAAUACACGAUAAAUAAUAUAAUCCAUAAAAUAAAUUUUAGUAUAAUUGUCGAUUUUUUUGUAUCUAGUAAUUUUGGAUUCAAUAAUGUAAAGAUAAGUAUACAUGUCCAGGAAAUCUUUAUAAAAAGUAUCUUGUUAAAUAUACGUCUCACAUUUGGAGGAAGCAUAAAUGUUUUAAAGUGCGUUUUACGUAGGAAGACUCAUAUAUACUCAGAUAUUUAGAAUAUAAUCGAAAAAUCUGCCAUACAAAAAUAUAUAUAUGUAUAUA